AUGGAAAGGGUCUCAGAGGAAGGCAGUGAGGCGUCUUUGACGAGUUUCCAUUUUUGCACGAUCGAUGAAGACUCGCAUCAUUUGGUUCCUCCGGAGUCGAGAAGCAAGACUGAGAGAAACAACUCAACGACACAGACAGAGGUGCCGGGAGCCUGGCGCAAAUCCAUGCGUGUGAGGUUCCAGCUUGCGCGAGUGAUGGUGAAAGUCGGAAAAGAAUACACGGAACCGCAGCUCUGCUGGAUCGCGGAGUCCAUGUACAGUUACAAAGCGCCGCGAAAUACGGCUCCCAUCGUGACUCGCGAGUAUUUUGGGACGCUUCCUUUUGAUGUCGACCUUCAACCGCCUUCGGACUGUGGAAUCUACAACGAUGAAGAGAAAACCAUCGUUUUCGAGGACAUGAGCAGACGCCAGCGAACUGUCAGGUGCAUCUUCCCCCUGAAAAUAUGGAAACACAAGGUUUUCAUUGCCACGGAGAAACUGAACAAACUUCCCUACGAAACUGCCAUGCGUGGCUGA